UCACGGUGGCGGACCACGUGAUACGCGAAUGAUCAAUUCCACGAAAAAAUGGCGAUUUUGAGGUGCACUUGAGGGAGAAUUUGAACGACCCCGAAAUGAGAAAGAAGUCUAACCUUAGACCUAAAAAGGGCAGUGGCAGACAUACGCAUGUUAGUUGUGGGAAGCAAUUAUAGUUUCCAGUAUAGAUGCAAAAACAUGGCUGUAUUCUUUUUGUCAUGGAGGUACUUUCAAUGUUAGAGCAUUUUUGCGGUAUGGUUGGGGACAUAUUUUUCUCUGAGCUGACCAUAAAUGAUAUGGAAGGACAGGGAACAGUUUCUUGUCAAGAGUUUGGCCAAAUUAUCGGAAAUACAGUAGUGCAAGUUCAGAUACGAUUAGAUCCAGAAAGGAAAUUUGCUUAUCCUACUAAGCGGACUAGAGUCUACAAUUUGGUUGACGAUACUGACUCUGUAGAUCAGAUCGAAAGCAUUCAAGACCCCGGCAUAAACAAUUUGCAUGAAAUGCCAACAGAUAUUACAUUCAGAGAUCAUCAUUUUGAUACACAACUUCGGAAACGCGUUUGUGGAAAGAGUAAGGAAGGAACAGUUCUGAGAGCAAGAUUCGUUACAGAAGGGAUCUCUGGGUGCUCGCUGGGAAAAAGCAGGUUGUGAUAAACCAAAAAU